AUAUACUGGUUAACAACAACAGCAGAACAAGAACGAGCACGCAAAUGAAAGUCUUAUAGUUUUUAACUGUUCCAAUUUUUUAGAUUUUAAAUGCAAAAUUUAUCAGAAUAAAAUCCUUCGAUCAUCAUGACUAUGAUAAAUGGACAAACUAUACUGGAGGAGGAAUAUGAUGAAGAUUAUCAGCCAACGGAAGACGAUAUACGAGAAUAUGCUUCAGUAAUUGGCAUCAAUCCAGAUACUGAACCUGAACUGAUGUGGUUAGCAAGGGACGGAAUAACUGCCGCUCUGCCCGAUCAUUGGAAACCUUGUCAAGAUGAAAGAGGCGAAAUAUAUUAUUUUAAUUUUCAAACUGGAGCGUCUAUUUGGGAUCAUCCGUGUGAUGAAUUGUACAAAGAACGAGUGCAAAAAGAGAGACAAAAGCUGCAUUCUGGAGCUGGAAGAAAGGAAAAAAAAAAGACAUCUAAAUCAACUACGAAACAAACAAAGGCCAAAACAUCUGCAAGUAUUGUUGGCAGAUCUUUAUCUCCUAUAAAUUCAUUGAGAGGCAGUGGAAAUUUAUUAUCAGGAUCAUUGAAUAGCUUGGGAUCUUCUUUAGGUAUGAAAGGAACACAUCUAGGACCAAUAAAAGGUCACGCAAGAUUAGUUAACGAGGCAGAGGCCUAUUUAAGAGGCAGUACAGACUCGCAUUUUUCACCGCAUAGCUCGUUAAAGUCUGGAACAUUGAACUUAGAUAUAGGUUCUUCAACAAGCCAAGUUCAAGAAAGAAUUCAAGCUCAACUGAGAGGAAGUAUUAGUGAUGAGGACGACGAUGAUGCAGAUUUACAUGAAAAAUUUCAAAUAAAAUCACCCGAAGACAUUGCUCGUGAAAUCCCAAAUUACGAGGAAACAGAAUCGGAUGAAAGAGAAUCUAGAAAAAGAUCAUCUGAAAGCGAGGAUAGUGAUGAUUACAGGAAGGAUGUGGAUUUCCACAUUAAUGACAAUAUAUCUGAAAGAUUAAUGGAAUUGGAAGAUCUACAACCAGCUGGGUCUGGUGAUCUUGCUAAUAGCCAGUCGUUAAAAUCUACAGCUUCAAUGCAUGAUCGUCCUGAUUUGACUGGAAAAAGUUCAUCAGAGGCUGGGAGAGCUUCGAAUGCUAAUGGUGAAAAACAUCAAGUGGCUACAUAUAUAGGUAAAUCAAGUGAUAAAAAAGGUGCUUAUACCAAAUUCAAAGCGGAAGAGAAAAAGAGAAUAAAUUUUGAAGAACAGCAACAGAAAAUAACUAAAGAUCAUGAAAACCGAUUACAGCAAUAUGAAAAUGAAAGCAAGGAAAGUUUCGAAAUAAAAAAACAGCUGAUAAGAGAUAAGUAUGAAAAAGAAUUAGAAGCUAUGAAAGAGAAUUUGCAACAGGAACAAAAAGAUGAAGAAGCUAAAUUAAGGUCGGAAAAGAAACAAUAUUUGGAAAAGCUUAACCAGGAAUUAGACAAUUUGCAAAAGGAUGACCGAAAAAUUUUGGAUGAUCAAAAAGAGGAGAGACUUUCAGAGAUCAGACAAAAGGUAAAUAUCGAAAUCGAAAAAAUGAGAGAAGAAUUGGACGAAGAAAAGAAAGAUAAAAUUGAUCGAAUUAAAGAAAAAAUAAACGAUGACAUAACUAAAAUACAGUGCCAAGAGUCUGAAAAAUUGGAAACAGAGAAGUUGAAAAGUGCAGAACGCAACAGAGUAUAUGAUUUAAGUGUUUACGAAAUGUUCGUUCCAAAAAUUGAAAAGGCAUCUUCUGAAAUGAAGAAAAAAUGCAAAAGUAUGAAAAGAUGGGGAGUAUUUUGUAUGCAAAGGUGUGGGGAUUGUUUAAACGAUGAUUGCAAUCCUUAUGAUGGAACUUGUGAACGAGGAUGCGCGAGAGAGGGCUAUGUUUAUGAAUCGAGGUGCACAAAUGAUGGUGGCGCUCUAACACCAACAGUGAUAGACAUGCCCAAUAUGUUAGAAUUUCGGAAUUUUUGGUCUGACAUGAGACGAGGUGUUGUAAAUGAAUGGAAAGCCAUUUGUAGAGGAAAUCAACGAUGGGGACCAUUUUGUCUCUUUCCAUGUCCUAAGAAUUGUCUGAGUGGCUGUGACUAUUCUGAUGGAACUUGUAAUAGAGGAUUAUGUACCAAAGGUUUUGUCGGACUUCGUUGCGAUCGCUUGAGCACAAUUGCUCAAUCCCAAAAAGCUGAAGCCGAAGCAUCUUCUUUGCAAAUAGUUUUCCCCGGUUUUACUAUAGCAUUUGUUAUACUGUCAACAGGAGGUAUGGUUACUUUAUGCUUAGUUGUUGUCAAAGAUAGAAAGAUGCCUCAAAAGUAUAAAAAAGGAAAUCGAAAAAAAAGCGUUGACAGAAGGAAAAGUACGAAAAGAAAUUCCACCAAAACUAACGGUAAUAACUUGAAGAAUGCGAAAGAUGUCAAACCUCAAAUACGUAACGCUUGUCUCAGAAUGAUGAAAACAAAUGAGCAAAAUAUCAAUAAGAGUAAUAGACAUCUUACAAUAGGAUAUAGUGAGACAAAUAAUACUGUUCAGAAUUCAGAGAUAAAUCAAUUAUUAUCUUCUAUAAGAAAAGGAAAUAAGCUGAUUACUGAGAAUUAUGAGACCCAAAAAAUAAGGAAUGAAAUUAAAGAAACAACAGAAGAAUUAGAAACAAGACUUCGUGAAGAGAAAGACGCAUUAAAGCGCCGAGAAGAUACAAUAAUGAGUUUGGAAAAAGAUUAUCAAUCAGUUUUGGAUGAACGAACGCGACAGCUUAAAGAACAGAAUGAUGCUGAGAUUGAAAGAAUAGAAAGAGAAUUAGAAAGAUCAGUAAAAAAAUUGCAAAGGGAAGGAGAGGCGAAAGAGAGACGAGAGCGUGAAAAAGUAGAAGACGAGUUGGAGAAAAAAAAGAGAUUAAUUAAGGAGGAGUAUGAAUUAAAUUUGAACUCUAUCCGUAAAGAAUAUGACACCAGAGUACGGAACUUGAAACAAGAUUUAUCCAAAAAGGAGGAUAAUCUUAUGGAAAAGGAAACUGAUUUGAAAAUUAGAACAGAGGAUAUCGAAUGUCAGCUAAAUAUAUUGAAAGAUAGAGAAAGAGAAUUACAAGAACGUAAAGAAAAUUAUAGAAAACAAAGAAAGGAGAUUGAAGAAGAUCCUGAGAAAGUUGAAAGAAAAAUGUAUGAUUCUCUACAGAAAGAAAGGGAAGAGGUUGAAAGACUUCAAGAAGAGAAGUAUCGGUUAGAGGCUGAAAUUCGUACUUUAAAGAGCAUUAAGGAAAAGCGAGAAAAAUCUAUUAAUGAUCUUGAGAGACAAAUAGAGUCUCUAAAUGACGAAUUAGCAAGACAAUCAGAAAAGGUCACCGAAGGGUCUAACGAAACCGUCAUAAAAUCUAGGAAACGCAUCGACGAAAGCGAAGAAAGAGAGCAUUUCCGCCGAAAUCGUUCUCCCAGCUUAAGUAACAUAGAUAGCAGAGUAUUUAUGUCUCAUAAAAAACCUGAAAGAAGAAGACGAAAAUCCGAUUCUAUGUUGGAGUCAGAUAUGGGAAUUGACUAUAAUGAGGCCUGGUCUGAUGAUUCUAGCAUUAUGGAUUCUUCAUUGUACGAACUUAAAGCUAGAACUGAACACAAAAAUAUUAAAGAACAUUUAAAGUUCGAACAGAAUUCUAUUACUGCUGCAAAACAAUUCCUUAAUAGGCAAAAGGAACACUUACUAAAAAAGCAAAGUUGGGCAGUUAAGAAUCAACUCGAUACUGAAUUUGACGAAGAAGAGAUUGUAAAAGAAUUUCAUAAAGUGAGAAAUAAAAAAAAUAUGUUUGAGUUAGACUCUUCCGAGUCUGAUGAAAGUAGUGGAAUUAGUGUUAGUGAUGUUUUGGAUAGAAUAGAGUUGGAUACAAACUCGACUAAACUACGACACCUAUACAAUGUAGACCAACAUAAAUCGGGAAAUUUAGAAAAUGAUAAUGGUGCAUUAAAAAUAGAGGAUACUUUAAAGAAAAUUAAUACAAACAUAAACCAAGUAUUGAGCUUAAUUGGACAAUCACGAACGGCUAUUGGACAAUCUACAAAUAGCUAUUUAAGCAAAACAACAGAUGGACUGAAUUUAUCCGUACCAAUUAUAGAUAAUGUUGAAAAAUGUUUAGAAAGUAAAAAACGGAAAUAUUUGGGAGAUCAUAAAACUCAACUACCACUCAGUCAAACUAUGCCAACAUCCUUAAAAUAUCAAUUAGGAGGAACCUACGUACCAGGUGCUAAUCCAAGAUUUCGAGAAUAUAGACCUUAUGCAACUGCUUUCGCUACCGAUAGCCAAACAACAGAGAUGAAAUUGCAUCAGCAUCGACAAUGGUUAAAAGAAUUUAGGAAUAACGGCUAUUGCCUUCCAACCGAUCAAAUAAAUCAUACAAUACCUAAUGAAGUAAAAAACUACGAUAUGGAAUAA